AUGUAUACCGGCGUCAUGAUAUUGUUGGUGACGUUAUUCACGUGCGAAGGUAUUCAGGGAAAUACUUUGUGUGCCGAGUUUGCCAAGGUUUCCACGGACGGUUCUGGCUUAAUCCCAGUCAUUCCAAAAGUGGCGUCCAUGUGCACCAACUCCGAGGUGUCGGGAAAGAAAGUGAUCAUCGAUACCUACACUGCAGAGGGACAGACUAAACCUUCCACGUGUACCUGCACCGCCACUGUCAGUCUGGACACAGUGACGUCAUCAGUCAUCUCCAUAUCCCCUCACUUCGACCUGCAGCCUAACUACCCAACCUGUGGCAGUCUUCUGGUACUGACCCGUGGGAGUACGACAGUUAACCAGAGAUGCUAUAUAAAUGGUGCAAUCGACGUCAGCAAUGGAGAUACACUCGACGUCACUUUCCAUAUGGAGACCGAUCCUUACGACAUCAGAUACUGCAUGGCCCUGUCGUUAGGUGCAAAUGGUCAAAUCGCCAUGAAAUGCAAUGAUCCGUCUGGUAAUUCAACGGGGAAUACCGGCACCAGUACCACUGCAACAACAAAGGCACCCACCACCUCUAAAAUAACAACACCAACGGAAACAACACAGCAACAAACAACCACAAAUAAACAAACAACUGAACCGUCCAUAACCACAUCUACGACUUCCCAACCAUUAACAACUACACAACCAUUAACAACUACACAACCAUUAACAACUACACAAGAAUUAUCGACAACAAAACCACCGACAACUUCUCAACCACCGACAACUACCAAACCAUUAACGACAACAAAACCAUCGACAUAUUCUCAACCAUCAACAACUACCAAACCAUUAACGACAACAAAACCACCGACAACUACUGAACAGUUUUCGACAACAAAGCCACCGACAACUUCUCAACCACCGACAACUACCAAACCAUUAACGACAACAAAACCAUCGACAUAUUCUCAACCAACAACAACUACCAAACCAUUAUCGACAACAAAACCACCGACAACUUCUAAACCACCGACAACUACCAAACCAUUAACGACAACAAAACCAUCGACAUAUUCUCAACCACCAACAACUACCAAACCAUUAACGACAACAAAACCAUCGACAACUUCUCAACCACCGACAACUACCAAACCAUUAACGACAACAAAAUCACCAACAACUUCUCAACCACCAACAACUACUGAAAAAUUUACGACAGAAAAGCAAUCUGCGACGACUACAGUACGAACAAUCGAGUUUGAUACAAGUUCGGAAAUGAUUACUUCCGAUAGUCCAACAUCCCCAGAACUAACAGUGACGUCACCAAGACAAACAGUGGCAUCGCCGAAACAACAAGAAGACAGUGGAAAAAAUUAUAGAGUGGAGGUGAUCGUUCCCGUGGCUGUUGUGGCUGGAAUCCUCUUCAUCUUUGUCGUUAUAUGUAUCAUAUGUGCGAGACACUUGAAACACCGCGUUUUUGUGGUUAACCGUGCGAUACUACGUCGGGUGUCAGAGGACAUGAAUGCCAAAACCAAAAACGGGAUACAGAACCCUACCUAUAACGGAGACACCAUACCGACAUCCAUGUCAUCGCUAGACACAAAUAACAAGUCUAUGAUGCAGGAGAAUGACCCCUCGUGCGACACGGAGGAGGUUGUACUGAAUUUUGGGGAGGAGGUCGCGGACGGGGACCAAGCCCUCACCUAUUUAUGA